AUGCCAAAAGGAAAAGAGGAAAUAAUGGAUUGGCUCUAUCAAUUCGUGAAGAGCUUUGGAGAGCCUGGUAUUGCUAUACAAGAUCUUUCCGAGAAAUUUGAUCAAAAUUUUAGGGAAGAGGUUGCUGCAAAUGAGCAGGUCAAAGAUGAGGUUUGGCAAACUUUUAUGAGGCGAGACGGUGUGAGGAUAGAGGGCUCCGAGGAAGAGGUUGGCGUGAUGAAGAGUUUGGAGUGGGGUGAUACUCUAGCUUUGGGUUAUGGAGUUAGGAAGGUUGUGAUUCAAGCAGAAUCAGUUGAUGUUGAAAUGGUUGAGGCCGCCAUGGAGAGACCUAGCGAGCAGGAGUCCGGAGAGGUGCCAGUGGAUGAAAGCGAUGAAACUGCGCAAUCUGAUACCCAGAUAAAUUCAUCCAAGUCAGUUAUUACAGACGUAGCGACUCUGGUUCAACGAUCACCGGAGCCAAAAGAGCAAUUUAUUCCAGUCCGAAAUGGUUCAUUUACAAAAGCAGUUUCAUCCUCUGAGCAAAGGUCUGGCAAUAAGAAGUCGUAUAAGAUUGCAGAUGAUCCACGGGCCACCCAAGGUUCACAAAGGAGAUUACAAAGUCUUUUGAAUGCAGCACGCGCUGAGGCUGACUGGUUCCAUACUCCCAACCUUGCAAAUCAACCGCAAACAAACAAUGCAGCCAAGGACGUCGAGAAUACUGUGCAUUCCCCUAUCGAGAGUACCCAUAUACCUGAGACUGAUCCUCCACCGCAAAUUCAAACACAUACUGUUCCGAAGGAUUCUCAAGUUCAACAUCCAAAGCCGUCGGGCUCCACUCUAGACACAACUGUUACCCCCAAUGGUCAACAGCGCAAUGAGAUGGACACUGAAAUUCCAAAACAUCUAGCAAAAGUACAGAUGUCGAUAACUGGUCAAUCUACACCCGCAGUUGGAUACCAACAUAAUUCCGUACUGCCCAAAAACGCGGCCAGUAAAGUUGCCCAGCAGACUAUCUCAACUGAGAAUGAUGAAGAUGGUAUUGACUAUUUUACGCCAAAACCCACCCGCCAUGGACCCGUGCCAGGACAAAGAAAACGUGGCCGUCCAAAGGGCGCCGGUCGUCAAACCAGUCCUAGGAAUCUGUCAGUGGAGGCAAGUUCUCCGAAAGAUCCGGCAUCUAUGAGCUUCUCAUCCCUUGCAGAACUGGAACAAUUUCAAACCCCAAAACCCCCGCAGAAAAAGCGUGGCCGUCCCAGAGGACCAACCAUCAAACACAAAGGACCUGUCAAUGAACCACCUGCAGAGAUAAGUUCCGAGGAUUUAGCCGACACAGGGCUUCACAUAACAGAGUCGGGACUUCGUACAUCUCGAAGACAACCGAAACCGCGACAAUUCUUUACCCCCACCCGGACAGAAUCACCUGAACCUGAGCCUGCGGCUGUCAAAUUUGGCAAAUCUGCGGAUUCUCCUACAUCAUCGAAGUCCAAACCCCUUCGAAGGCAUCGCGAACCAAUCUAUACAUCCUACGAAGAACUGUUAAGGGAAGAGGACGAUCAGAAACGCAAAGCUGGAAUUGAUGGCGUCUACAUCAAUCCCAUCGAUGCAAAAGAAGGAAGAUCAGUUGCUCGAAAGAAGACAUUAGUCGUCUUGAUAAAAUGCCAAAAGCUUCGUGACCCGGAUCUGCUGGAAAAUCGGAAAGGAACAUGGAUUGAAGUGCUUGCCGAGAGGAGAAAGGCUUUGCAAGCUAUCGUCGAAGCAGAAGCAGCGAAGAUUGCUGCCGCCGCUACUGAAGAGGAGAAGUCCAAGAAAAGGAAAAGGGAUGAGAAAUCCGAAGUAGAACGUUCAAAGCGCCCAAAGCCUUCAGAUACCGAGCCCGAACAGUCAUUGAUGGUACCUAGUGCCGGAACUAAAGAAUCACUAGAUGCUUCUGUUGCUGAACCUACAGAGGCGGAAGCUCCCAUUGUUGAGCCUGAAAAGGCAUCAGAGGUUCCCAGUAUUGAAACUGUUGGAGUACCAGAAGUCGCCAUUUCCGGACCUGCAGAGUCAUUGGAUUCCGCCGGUCCCAGUCCAAACCCUUUCCCCUCGGAUGAAGAAAUAGCUUCGGAGUUUGAGAAGUUCAAGGCCCUUUCCGUUGCAAAGCCAUCAGAAGUUUUGAAUUCUAAUACCGAAUCCUUCCCGUCAAACGAGGAGUUGGCACUAGAGUUUGAGAAAUUUAACAGUGGAUUUGCCCAACAGCCUGAUCAAGGCUUUACACCUGAACCAUCCGGGCCGCCUAGAUCAACAAUCGAUCCUUUUGUAGCAAACUCAAUGCAACAUGGGCAGCGGACUACGGAAUGGACAUAUCCGAAAGCUUCUGCAAGUACUCCGAAUUCGCAAAGUGCAGGGCCAAGCUCUUCUUUUCCUACAAUGUACAUAGAUUCUACGCGUCCACGGUCACCUCAAUCUGGUAUCUCGCAUUCGAUUCCACCAUUUGAGUCCCUGUCACACAUCAGACAUCAGAAUGACUCGCUUCACAAAGAAGCCCAUACAGCUGCAAUGCAUCACCCACAACAACCACGAUGGACCGAAUCUUUAGAACCACAUCAGACAUCCUCGACCAUCCGAAAUUCUUUACCUCUAGCAUCGAAUAUUAAUUCUUACAAUUCACCGUACAGUAGACAAUCUGGGCAGGAUCACAUCGCUGAUCACCAUAACCAGCCUCCAUACCAUGGAAACGCUCCGGUAUCUUCUCGAGCAGACAGCCCGGUUCAUCGAAGCCCGGUUCAGCAAAGUCCAGCACAAAAUUCCUGGCCUGCUGGCUUCUUACCGCCCGAACCUCCUAGACCAUCGCAGAUGCGUCCAAAGACCAAAUGGCCAUCUGGCUUCCUAGCUCCAAAUACCCUUCCGUUAGAUGCCACCCCAUCUAGUCCGAUGACCAUUGGGCCGAUGCAGCAAUCAAGUCCUGCUGCGUCACAUGCUUCUGACCCACCUUCAAAAGAUCAUAUAUCACAAGAAUCGGUUCACAGCCGCCCAAAUUCACAUGGAAGUCCCCGCUUAACGAGCCAUCCGCCUGUGCCGCAGCCUCAAUUUGGUCAAUCUGUUCCAUAUACCUCUUCGCCGUAUUCUAGGCCUGCGGUUUCUACAACGAGUCAACAGUUGCAGGGUCUCGAAGAAAGACAAAAUGAUUACGGCCAAAUGCAAAUGCCAUCGACUCUUAACCAAGAGUUCAAAUCCAUGGAUUCUGCGCUACCAACACCACAUACAGAACCUACAAAAAGUCAUGCGCACCCAUCUAGACCCGAAACUCAGGAACAGGAUCAGACACCAGCCCGAAGCGCAGCGCAUGAAGCACCUGCCGACAGCCAUGCACAACUGGCGGGACUCGAAAACGAAAGGGAGGCUCAGGCACAAUCCCAGAACUCACUCGCGGGCCUUCCUUCCUCUGCUGAUGGUCCUGUUUCAACACAAGCUGUGGAGCAAAGUCAACCUGAUCUUGUAUCUCAUCAACCACAGCCUGGCAAGGCUACAGGAUCUCAACCCAGCUCUAAUCAACCUGCGGCGUCAAUUCCAGCUCAAUUACACAGGUCACCAUCAAUACAACCCCCUUCAGAAUCAACUUUAGAGCCAAGGAAACGAAAGAGGUCCACUCCUAACAUAGCACAAUUACCAAGCCCACAAAUUUCAGCGGCGAUGAGCCCCACCUUGCCAGAAUCUUCAACUGUCAUUACUGAAGCAACUGAACAAAUGUCACCGCCAGCCACCCCCGAUGAUGUUGAAGGUUUCAAAAAGGCUGAAGCCAUUCCGUUUGAAUCAGUCUUUGCUCGCAUGUCCUCAAUUUAUAAUACGGUGAUGGGUAACCUCAUUUUGUCUUCUGAUAAGACAACUUUGAAGUUCUGGUCGAUGGUUGAAGGAACGACUGAUCCUAUUUGGACAAUGGAAGUUUGGAAAAUGGCCGAAAAUCCAAUAGUCUCUAUGCCAGGUUCAAAUCCAAUGGAGUUACGUUUGAAGGAGAAGAAAGAUGAUGAAUCAAUCAUUGUUCAUCGAUUUUUGAUUGCUCGUACUAAGGAAGCUCAUAAGUCUGCAAAUGAAAUGAGAGCAAAUUUGGUUACUGCUCGAAUCUUCGUGCAAAUGGCCAAUCCUCAAAUACUCCAAGCUGAAGAUCCAGAAAUAAUCGCUACUAAGCCGUGGAAAUGUGAAAAGUGUGGUGCCAGGUUCAAGAAUAAAGAAGGUAUUAAAUACCAUCUUUCUAAAUCACAGACGACCUGCAACCCAGAUUUCGAUCCAGAGACCUUCAAGCCAAAACCACAUGGUAAACCAAAAAAGGAGACACCGAAGAAGGCUAAAGUGACCAAAACGAAGAGCAAACCUGUGGCCCCUCCAGAGAAGGAAGUUCGGCCUGAACCGACAGAUGAAUCUGAAUCCGAGUCUGAACCUGAAGGAGGCGACUCUGAUGAUUCUAUCUUUGAAUGGGCUGCAAAAGUUGCUACGUUGAAGAAAUCUCCGAAAAAGCAAAGAGGAGACAGAGGAGAGCCGGUCAUUGGUAGAAGUGGAAAAGUCUACAAAUCGUUGGGAGGCGAAAGACCAGCACUAUUGGAAAUCGUUGAAACAGUGAGGCAGACACCAUCACUUACGGAAGAGCUCGCAAAGAUUCCACCAUUGCCCCAAAUCCCAGAUCAAUCACUCCCAGAAGUAGUCUCGCCUAUGUCAAAAGAAAAGGUUGUUAAGGAUAUUAUUCUUUGUCUCCUUCGAGCUAAUAAUGCGUUACCUGGUGAACGUGGUCUCUGGUUCGCUUUCGUUGCAUGUUGGCUUAGAUAUUAUCCUACUUCCAGGGUACUCCCCGAACACAAACUAUUUGCAAGAGCUCUCGAUGAGUUACUUGAGGACAAAGUACUUUCAAAGAUUACAUUCGAUUUUCCUGGUGCUAGGAGCAGAACUAUAAGCAGGAGCAUUUUAGUCGAUCCGAAAGUAGCUGCCCCUUCGUCAGCUGAUAUUGCCAAAUUGAAAGAUGACACAAAAGCCAAGCAUCCUGAUUUCUAUAUUCCACCUGGAUUUUCUCCUCCGGGUGUCAUUUUGGACAUCCUGAAUGCUAUUGGAAAGCCUCCACCACUGGCCCCGGAGAUGUCAGCCGCACAACUUAAUGAGAUACUAGGGCCUGAUGAAGAUGCAGGCAAAGGUGAUUCCUCAGAUGAUGAUUUUAAACCUAAUAAUCACGCAUUAGAUGCAGUAGAUGACCUUGAAGAUGACCCUAUGGACCUAGAUUUGGAUUCUGACGAUGCUGGGAGCGAGUUUUCACCGUUUCCGGAAUAUACCCCUACGCAAGACUUCCAGUUUACCUCAUUGCAUCAGCCAAUACCUUCAAAGCUUAAUGGCAGUCAAAUGAAAUCUCGUGUGAGACGCCCAGGUCAUCCUUUGACUCUUGAAGAGCGAGAAAGAAGGCAACAUGCAAAUGCUCUGCAGGAACAGACAUGGACUCCGUUACCAACAGCAUUACAAAAUUCAGAGAAUGGCGCAUGGGAUGUUUUCUCGAAGCCAAAACGAAGCUACAAGUUGAGAGAACGUCUUCCGGAGCCAAAUACGUUUAUGCAAGACCCUUCUGGUUCUUGGUCUGUUAGACCUUUUGGACAUGGUGUGAAUCCCAUCUUUGCUAGACCGAAUAAGAUGGUUGUUGGAAAUCCUCAAGGCGAACAUUAUCUUCAGCAGCGAGUAGAUAGUCAUCGACCAGUCAUUCAUCCUAACAUACCAGUCAUGCGUCCGUCCAUUCCAUCAAAGUUUUUCCUCAACAAAAAUCUUCAAGGAGACUUAGCUGCUCGACCUGAUGGUCACAUAGAGAUCUCAGAUGCUACCGGACUACCAAAAAGGCAUUACACAUAUCGUACCAGAUCACAAAAGAAUCCAAAGAUUUCAAGGUAUACUGGACAUGCAAAGCGAGGUUAUAGAUCAUUAACACCAGACCCUAUGGAUUUGAUGGAAGCUAGCAUCAAUGGCUUAACUGAGCUUGAUAUAUUGAAUCACUAUGAAGCGAAGCCGCUUGAAGAAGGAAUUGGUCGCCAAACCAAUCCUGGGUUGGCUAGCAUACCGUCUCCUCCAGCGACACCAGGUCUCCCUCAUCUUUUCUCGAAUGAAUCUGCUGGACUCUGGGAUCUUGCUCAUCCUUUUGUAGCUUGCACUAAUGUUGAAAAGCUUAAGAUGCAGUGGCUUGAUCGUACAGCUUUCACCUUGGAAACGAUACCAUACUCAGCCCUCGAGGAUAAUGAUGACUUACCACCAGAGCAACAAACUAUCAUUGGACCCAAACCCAAAAGACAACAAAUCAAAGAGCCACAUAUUGGUGUCCGUAAAGGUCUAAAAAACAAAUGGGUAAUGCCUCGACGUCUCACAUCUGCACCAGAUGAUCUUCUUGGUGUUCAUAGAGAUGUGAGAUACGCUGCAGAAUUACUCGGCACUCAGAUGGUAAACUACGAUAUGAAUAUUCGGAGAAAGAGACAGAGAUUCAAGGAACAGGGUUUAGCUGCUGAUGAAGAAGAACGAUUGACCAUGGGUAUUGUUGUCAUUCGAGCAUUGCUUGGUGGGCUGGAAAUGAACAUUGAUUGGGUCAUACUUGGUUCCGUCUUUAAGGAUUAUUCCUUAAACUUUUUGAAGAAAUGGUGGCAAGUUGUUUGGGCAAAGAAAAAGCCAAUGGUUGAGAAGUUGACAAAAGACUUUCAGGAAGUUUUUAUCAUGGGUUACCGAAAGAGUCAAAUUCAAUCAAUUGAUUACGAUCAUAUUGUCGACUACGAUUUCAACACUUUAAUAGAUUGGGCCAUGACCAAGAUCAAUACUCCAACCCCGGAAAAGAAGGUGUUUGAUCUCCCGAACUCAUUUCCAGAGCUCAAGAAGAAAUAUGCAUUAGUCCCAGAAGCUCGAAGUAAUUACUGGUCGGAACAAUAUUACUAUCCUCUUGCAGCCGUUUAUCAGAGAAUGAAUCUUGUUAACUCUGUGCCAUUUGCAAAUCCUCUACAACAAGAAACUCCAACUUAUGAGAUAAAUGACUAUGCACUAGCAAAAUCCUGGUGUAGGGCAGCGGCCGUUACACCCGAUCAUUUAUGGGAUAGCAAAGCAGCCAAUAAAUUGCUCAAUCGUCUUCCCAGUUCUGUCAUUAUCAAAGCUAGAGAGGAUUUGUUGAAGAACAAGAUUAUUACCAAAAAUAAGCGUCUCCGCACCAACGGCCGAGUCUACAAUCUUCCAGAUGCUUUCAACGCGGUUUUCGUCCGUACUGGAAAGAUUAUUUACGAAAAACAAUACCGGGAAGCUUAUGAGUUCAAAUGCGAAUUAGAUCAAAAAUUCCGAAAUGGUGAGACCAUUGUUAAUAUCCCAUGGGGCGUAAACGAGGGUGCCGUAUUAGCUAUUACGAACCUACAAGCUAAUGGAUAUAUUUACGUUCAAAAAAGCAACAUCAGAGCAAACAAAUUCGGUCUUACGGAAGGUGGAUAUGAAACUAGACUUAUUGAUAAAGCGAAAUAUCGUUUCCAAAUGGAUAUUACGCCCACUUCAAAUUAUGUUUAUAAUCAUGCAAUUCCGAACCUCGAUGCAUUAAUCUCGGACCCUCCAUCUCUCGGCUCACGAGGUGCAAUUCCAGUUUGGAGAAGUAUAAAAGGGGAAAUCAUAGAGGGUAUGUGGAGAAAAGUCCUCUUAGGAGUUACGGGUGCUUUCGUAUUACGAAGUAGUAUCGACAUUGAAGGAUUAGAAAAAGUAUUCGCGCCUAGUCUCGACGCAUGGGAAAUUAAACAAUUGAUAGACUGGGGGGUUGAGAAAGGUGUUUGGCGAAAGUGUGAUUAUGAAGGCUUGGGAGCAACGGCUAGAGAGGCAAGUGAUCUGGAGGGUUGGGAGGUGGGUGAUUGGUGGUGGAUGAUUGUGGGGAGAUAUUUGGUUGAGAGUGAUCGGGAAUGGAGCUGA